AUGUCCUGGCCGGAGCGCGCGGCGGACGUGGCGUGGCACCGCGUGCGCGGCAAGCUGCCGCCGCCGUACAGCUACCUGCCCACGCUGGGCAUCGCGCUGAAGAAGUUCCACGCCCGGAACGUGCAGCGCGUGCUGCGCCGGGUGGCGCGCGUCCUGCGCGUCCCCGUCGCGCUCUGGCUCUGCCUGCCGUACCGCCUGCGCACCACGCUCACGCGCGUCGCCGGCUGGGCGACCAAGCGCGAGCUGCUGGCCGCCGGGUUCGACGCCGAGGGUCGCAGCCCGCACCCGCUGCGCGACGUGCCGCGGUGGCGGUUCGAGCGGCUGGUCGGGUGCGGCGUGCGCGACGUGCAGCUCUUCCGGCGGGCGUUCACCGCGACGUCGGCGCUGCCGCUGGGCGACGAGCUGCGCAGCUACGAGCGGCUCGAGUACCUGGGCGACGCGGUCAUGUCGAUCGUGGUGCGGGAGUGGAUGCUCGAGAAGUACCCGGAGGAGAAGGAGGGGACGCUGACGAUGAUCGAGUCCAAGCUCGUGUCUGAACCAGCCCUGUACCGGUGCGCGAUGCGUCUGGGCCUGAACCGCUUCGCGGUGGUCAACGCGCACGACAUGCGCAACAACUUGUCGCACUACCGGCCCAAGGUGCUCGCGGACUGCUUCGAGGCGCUCCUCGGGGCGCUGCUCACGGACCGCGGGAUCGGCGCGUGCCGGUCCUUCGUCCGCCGCGUCGUCGAGGACGCGUGGCCGGACACGAACGAGCUCAUGCGCAACACCAACUACAAGCAGCAGCUGGUGCGCAUGUGCCGCGACCAGGGGUUCGGGUCGCCGCGUUUCAGGACGGUGCGCAAGCUGCCGCAGCGGGGGAAGAAGCCGCCGCAGGUGUCGGUGGAGGUGUCUGCGGGGGGCACCGUGUACGGCAAGGGCACGGCGCUGACCCCGUCGCUGGCCGAGAACGAGGCUGCGGAGGUUGCGCUGGCCACGUUGUCCGACUCGGGGUCCUCGAGCGACGAGGACGAGGGCGCGGGGCGCAGCGACCCGAGCAGCCCCUCCUCCGGCACGACGGACGAGGAGUACCGCCCCAUCUGA